AAGCGAUCGACCGUCUCAGUAAUAUCCUCUCAAAAAAAACCAUCUGAUGAAAACAAGAGCAGAGCGUCGAUGAGCUCUACAUCCGCAUUUAGAUGAAGAGAACCCGAUGAUUUUGGAAAAAUUUGGUGUCUGCGAGUUUUCAUCAUGGUUAAAAAGUCUUUAGGCUCACUCAGCAAAAUUGGACUCGACUUUUUUGAGUUUUUGAAGGAGACUAAUCGAACAUCUAUCACAGACAAAGAUCAGCUGAGAGAUAUUUACAAUAACGAGUUCAGAAGCAGGUCUGCAGGGAACAAAGAUCCAAACUUUGGUUCCGUCCUCUAUUCACUGAAAGCAAGCAACAAAAUAACAAGACGAAACAACAUUAUUCACUUUAACGACACGGUCAGAGCUCUUUAUGUGGACCAGUGGCACACACCCAGGACCCGUCAGCCACAGCCGGUCCAGAAUGGAACAGCCAGUCCUGGAGUUGCAUUGGCCUUCGUCUCCGCAGAUGAGGCAGAGACGGGAGUUAGAGCCCGGAGAAAACUGGCCAGUCAACUCAUGAAGAGACUCAGGAAGGACAGGGCUCAGUUUAUCGCUGACAAACAUGGUAUCUGCAUAAGCUGUGACCAUAAGCCGUUUGAGAAUGGAAAACUCGGCUUGUUAGUGAAAGACACAUAUGAGUGUGUGAUAAAGCUGAAUGUAAAAAACACUGGAACAGAACCUGUGUAUUUUACUUACUACACUGCACUGCACUGGCUCAAAUACUUCACUCUGAUGGAUGAGCACAAAGUGACCAAGCUGAGCCCCCUGUCACUAAAACCAGGUGACAGCUAUGAAAUCCAGGUUCAAUUCAACUGCAGUCUGGUCGGUUUCUAUCCAGCUACUCUGGCCUUUGAAUUCAAACCAGACCUGCAACCCUCCUCUGCUGCGUUUUACAUUGUGCGCUUUAUUGAGGCUCAGUGUAUAACUUCAUUAGGACUGGAGUUGGCCCCUGAAGCCCCUUACAAACCUCGCUCCCUUCCGGUCUGGACGGCUGAAGCUCCUUGCGAGAUUGUGGAUGGACAGCAACCUGAAGGGCUGUCAGUGAUGCGUCUACAAUAUGAGGUCGUGCUAAAAAAGUAUCAAAUACCACUAUACAUGAAACAGCUCAUCCAGUCACUGAAGCGGCCUACUUCCUCCUCUGAUAAAAGAAGAGCUUUACUGGAGAGUCCCUUGAGCUGGGAGAACUACACAGAGAAGUUCGAGCUGCUGCUGUAUCUAGAGGAGCUUCAGAUGGAGGUGGACAUCAAGAGAUACAACAUCCCCAAUGAUGAAAAAGAAUGUGCUGUCAUGUACCAAGACCCACAAAAUAAGAAACUUCUUGUUCUGGAGGUUCCUGGUGUGUCUGAGAACCGUCCGUCUGUGCUACGAGGAGAUCAGCUGCUGGUGUGUCCUGUUGGAGAAACGAAGGUGAAGUACCGUGGCUACGUCCACUGUGUGCAGCUGGACCAAGUCAAACUGGGCUUCAGCUCAAAGCUGCUGGAUCGCUUCAUAGAAGGCAUGCAGUUCAGCGUCGAGUUCACCGUCAACCGCUUGACUGUGCGUCUUCAGCACAGAGCAGCAGAACUGGCAACUACGCACAGACUGGGAAAAGUGUUGUUUCCCGCUGCACCCCCCUUCGCCUGUCAGCAAACUGAGCUUCCUAAACUCAAGCUGUUUGACUGCAAACUGGAAAGAAAUCCGGAGCAGUAUCGAGCGGUACAACACAUUGUAGCUGGCUCAUCCAAACCUGCCCCAUACCUGGUGUUUGGUCCACCUGGGACAGGUAAAACUGUCACUCUGGUGGAAGCCAUCAAGCAGAUAGAGAAGACCGAGCACUCCUGCCACAUUCUGGCCUGUGCUCCCUCCAACAGCGCUACUGAUCUGCUCUGCAAGAAGAUUCUGGAGCAUGUGGAUGAGCACAAAGUGUACCGCAUGUAUGCCAGCAGUUGGGACCCAAAAAUGGUCCCUGGUGAACUGAAGGCAUGCUGUAACCUGGUAGGGGAGUGUUACACCUUUCCUGCUAAAGAGGAGCUGAUGAAGUAUAGGAUCAUGGUCACCACCCUGUUCACUGCUGGAAGGCUGGUCACAGGAGGCAUUCCUACAGGACAUUUCACUCAUGUGUUUGUGGACGAGGCUGGACACGCUGUGGAGCCUGAAUGUGUGAUUCCAUUGGCAGGGUUGCUCAAUGCGGAGUCUGGUCAAGUUGUUCUGGCUGGAGACCCCAAGCAGCUCGGGCCCAUUCUCAGAUCUCCUUUUGCACUGAAAUUUGGCAUGGGAAUAUCCCUCCUGGAGCGUUUGAUGACUGAUUUCCCCGUGUACUGCAAAGAAGAUGGUGUGUUCAACAACUGCUUUGUCACCAAACUGCUGUGCAACUACAGGUCCCAUCCAGCCAUUCUGAAGGUUCCUAAUGAGCUCUUCUAUGAUGGAGAGCUGCAGGUUUGCGCGGAUGAAAUUUUACGCAACUCCUACUGCAGAUGGGAAUACCUCCCAAAGAUGGGCUUCCCAGUGAUCUUCCACGGGGUGGCGGGUAUUGAUCAGCGUGAGAAAACUAGUCCCUCAUUCUUCAACGUAGCAGAAGUGGAGGUGUUGAUGGACUAUGUGAGGAAACUGCUGCUGUCACAUGGCAAGCGGGGCCUGUCAACCAUUGCACCCAGAGACAUAGGCAUCAUCGCCCCCUACAGGAAGCAGGUGCAGAAAAUCCGUAAGGCCUUGGAAAAAGUUGGAAAAGACUUCAAAUUUAAGAACAUGAACACCCUUAAGGUUGGCUCAGUGGAGGAGUUCCAAGGCCAGGAGAGGAAAGUGAUCAUGGUGUCUACAGUGCGGAGCAGCCCCGAUUACACAGAUUAUGACAAAAUGUUCAACCUGGGCUUUGUCAAGAAUGAAAAGAGAUUCAACGUGGCUGUGACUCGGGCUAAAGCCCUGCUGAUUGUGGUGGGAAACCCCGUUGUGUUGAACACAGAUCCUACUUGGGCCCACUUCAUCAAGUACUGCCAAGACGAAGGAGGCUACACUGGCUUUACUCAUGCAGAGGAAGAUGAGGACGUGGUAGCCAGACUCGCUGUACUCAGCCUUGAGAUUGGAGUUCAGGCAGUUGAGACUGCAGAGAGUGUCAUUCAGCAACAACUGGACCCCGAGUGGAGGUCCGACAUGUAAACACCAUGAGAGCACAGACCUCCAUUGUAAGCACUUGAAGGGAUUUGUUUAAGUCAAUUAUUCGAUAGAUAUAUUAACAAAUUUUCCUACAAAGUCUGAUUGGUACCUUUCUGUAGUGAGGGUAUGGAACACAGCCAGUGUUCAUCGGCCAAUCACAUACCAGAGUACAUCUUUAAUGUCAGCAGUAGGAACUGGACCAAAGACCACGAAGAACAGGCAGCUGAUUCAUCUUUACCUCAGCCAGCUGCACUAACACCACUGUCUGUGUCUUUACAAACUACUGCAAAUGCUGUUUUUAUCCAGUCACCAUGACACAUAUUCAAUCAUAAAUUAUACUCUUUUGAAAAUGAAUUUUAUCAACCACACCUGCCAGUCUCAGGAUUGCUCAUGAAUGCCUUUUUAUUCAUGUAUACCAUGUGAAAAAUGUUUGAUCUAUUUUAAACCAGAUUGUAUUUUCUGAAUUAAUGAAGUAAAAGAUUAAAUUGAGCAGCACUAAA